AUGUCGUUCCCCAUCAAAGACAUCCCCACCAAGCCUUACGAUGGCCAAAAGCCUGGUACGUCGGGGCUCAGGAAAAGAGUCAAGGUCUUCCAGCAGGAGCACUACACCGAGAACUUCGUUCAAGCCAUCUUCGACUCUAUCGACGCGAAAGGAUCGACGCUGGUGAUCGGGGGCGAUGGGCGCUACUUUUCACCAGAAGCCGUACAGAUCAUCCUCAAAAUCGGUUCAGCAAAUGGGGUUGCCAAGUUCAUCGUAGGGAAGGACGGCAUCUUGUCCACCCCCGCCGCCUCAAACGUUAUCAGGAAGUAUAAGGCCUACGGUGGAAUUUUGUUGACCGCUAGUCACAAUCCUGGAGGGCCGAACAACGAUUUCGGUAUCAAGUACAAUGUGUCGAAUGGUGGACCCGCCCCUGAGAAUGUCACCAAUAAGAUCUAUGAAAAGACGAAGACAAUUCAGUCUUACAAGGUCAUCGAAGCACCCGAGGUUGAUCUUGGAAAGAUUGGAGAAUUCACGUACGGACCGUCCAAAGUAUCCAUCAUCGAUUCGGUCAAGGACUACGUGAUUCUCCUUGAAGAGAUCUUCGACUUCGCUCUCAUCAAAUCCUUCCUCACUUCUCAUUCAAAUGACUUCAAAGUCCUGUUCGACGGCCUCCACGGUGUCACCGGGCCGUACGCUCGCGCGAUCUUUGUGGAAACGCUUGGUCUCCCCGAAUCUUCGAUUCAAAACUGCGUCCCACUCCCAGAUUUUGGCGGCGGACACCCUGAUCCUAAUCUCACCUACGCGCACACCCUCGUGGAAGCGGUGGAAGCGAACAACAUUCAAUUCGGUGCAGCCAGCGAUGGUGAUGGUGAUCGAAACAUGAUUUACGGCAAAGGUGCAUUCGUGACGCCAUCCGACUCCGUGGCAAUCAUCGCAGAUUGGGCCGACGUUAUUCCGUAUUUCAAGAGCGGAAUUAAGGGUCUUGCCAGGAGUAUGCCUACCAGCAAGGCUAUCGACCUCGUAGCCAAGAAGAAGGGCUUUGAGUACUUUGAGGUGCCAACAGGCUGGAAGUUCUUCGGCAAUUUGAUGGAUGCCGGGAGACUCUCCAUUUGCGGCGAGGAAUCUUUCGGGACGGGCUCAGAUCACAUACGAGAGAAGGACGGAGUGUGGGCUGUUGUCGCGUGGCUGAACAUCCUCGCUGCUGCGAACAGGGAAUCGCCCAAUAAGCUAAUUGGCAUUAAUGAUAUUCUCGCCCGCCACUACGAGACGUACGGUCGGUCUUUCUUCAGUCGAUACGACUACGAAGAAGUCUCUUCGGAUGGCGCCAAUGCUAUGGUCGCCCACAUCAACGAGGCUCUUAACUCCGGAUCUCUCAAUAACACGAAACACGUUUCCGCCUCGACUUCCCAAGAGUUCACUGUCUCUAGCAUCUAUGACUUCGAGUACAAAGACCCUAUCGAUCAUUCGAUUUCCUCACACCAGGGACAAGUCAUUACGUUCUCUGAUGGCUCGCGCGUUGUGUUCAGGUUGAGUGGCACUGGUAGCCAAGGUGCCACCGUUCGUAUGUAUGUAGAACGAUAUGUUGCGGCGGAUGCUGGUGCCGCCGCUCUUACCAAGGACGCAGCGGAGGGUCUCAAAGGCCUCAUUGAAGUUGCCCUGGAGCUCAGCAAGCUGAAGGAAUUCACUGGCCGCGAGAAGCCUACCGUUAUCACGUGA